AUGCAGAAGUCUGAGUCAUUAGGUUCACUUAAUUUACCAACAAAUUCAGAAAAUUUAAUAUUAACAUCAACAUUUAAUCCAGCAUCGAAACCUAGUUCUUUUUCAAAAAUGACACGGCGCAUGGAUAUUAUUCCUACACCGAACAGACCAGAUAAAUUAUUACCAUCUACUAAAACUCAAUCCUGUAGUAAUGAGGACAGCUCAGUAAUGAAUACUGUUAUAGCUACCGAAAGCAAUACUGCUUUCGAAGAUGAUCAUGUUUUGUGUGAUAAUCGACAAGAUACUUCAGUAAUACCGAAUUUAAUUCAUAAUCAAUCUCAUCAGAAAGAUCAUACAAGUGAUGAACAAGAAGAUGAUAAUCUAUUUGAUACAUUUAUUUGUGAGAACUUCGUUCCUUUUUCGGGAGCAGAACCCAUCAAUCAAUGGUUAGAUGAGACUGACGCCUUAUUUCAUCGCUUCAAGAUCUCACGUAAACUUCGUUUUCAAGCUAUACCUCUUUUAGUACAAGGCGAUGCGAAACGCAAAUAUAUCAAAAAUCGUCACGCCAUAAAAUCUUUUGAUGAUUUUUAUGAAUUUCUACUAACACAUUUCGAUUCAACUCCAGUAACAGUCAGUACUUCUAAACCUAGUCAAACUAAUCAUAAAGUUGAAUUUGCGAAAGAGUCUAUGUGCAUCAGUAACAUAACAACAGAUUCUAAAUUAAAUGUUGCGAAUAUAACUGAUGCUACUCAGUUGUCACAGCCAUCCGUUUCUUCUUAUAGUAAGCUUGCUAUUGAUGAUACCACCACAACGAGUGGUGAUGUGUCAGACUCUAACUUAUCUGGAAAUACUUCAACAAUUAAUCGUUUACCAUCAGAUCCAGUGAUAACAGAUUUACGCAAAGCUAUCGUAGCAGAUUUUAUACGAAAUCCAAAGAUUUUUCGUGGUAAUAAGGACGACGUGACAAAAUGUACUAACAGUAAUUAUCGUUCAAUACCACGAACUAGUUUUCGUGCUUAUCAAGGAUCAUCUAACUAUACAUCUGAUCCCAAUUAUGUAUCUAAACAGAAUCGAACACAGGCUUCUAACUCGAAUUAUUAUUAUCAGUCACCACGUCAUUCUUUAUCAACAAAUAAGUACAAUGAUAAUACAGGUAGUCGUAAGCAGAAAAAUAUACAACCACAUAAAAGUUUUGCACAACCUGAUAAUAAAGCGACUUCUCGCUCAGUUAAUGCAGUUUUUACAUCAACCUUACCACCUAAUCAUGAUGAUAAUCUUGACUCUCUUUCAACAGUAGUUUGUCAUCUCUAACAAUUUGAUGAUAUAUUCGAUAUUGAAUAUGGCUUAGCUAGUAAAUCUCGUUCGAUCUUAUCAUCAGCUACAUCUGAUAAUGAUACUAAGAACUUAACAUCAGAUUCAACAGUUUCUUCCACUAAUCCGAAUGUUUUAGCAGCCAUGACUCUAAGACCACGUAAAAAUCGAGUUUAUUAUACAAAACAACAUAUUUCUGAUGGAAAUAACGUGAAUAAUCAUCAUGAUUAUAUAGAUACAACAGAUUCUAGACACAAAAGAAAAACCAAACUAACAUCUACACUUUCACAAAAUUUUUUCGAUAUAACUAAGUUACAAGUGGAACAAGCUCGAGAUCCUAAGAUACAGAACAUAAUAAAAAAUUUAUCUACUAUAUCGAGUCAAAGUUCAUUUAUCUUAGAAAAUAAUAAACUGUACAAAUUAAUCAGUUCUCAGAAUAUUUCUAAUCGAAUCAUUAAAGCGUUAUAUUUACCAUCAUCAAUGAUAAAUUCUCUAUUGAAAGCAUGUCACGAUGAUCCAUUGACAGGCGCUCACUUUUCUACAGAUCGUAUGUACUAUAAAAUUCGUCCUCAUUUUUGGUGGCCCAAUCGUGCUAAAAGAUAUGGUCACUUACGUUCUAUUCCACCACCUGAAGGACCAUUCGCUUUAAUAGGCAUUGAUUUUUGUGGACCAUUACCUAGGACUCCUAGUGAAAAUCAAUAUGUGCUUAUUAUUACAGAUUAUUUUACGAGACAUAUAACAGCAUUAGCACUUCCAAACUGCACAGCAGAAACUGCAGCGCGCGCCUUAUUCGAUGAUUGUUUUUGCAAGUUUGGUAUACCGUCAGUUAUCUUAAGCGAUCGUGGAACACAUUUUCAAAAUAAGUUAAUGGAGAAUCUACAACAUCUCAUAGGAUACAAUCAUAUAUAUAGUACUCCAUAUCAUCCCCAAACAAAUGGUAUCGUAGAGCGUUUUAAUGCUACUUUUGUAACUCAGAUUUCAAAGUUACAAAAUGCUCAACAUAACAACUGGGAUGAGUACUUGCAAGCCGUUGUCUUUGCUUAUAAUACAGGAGUACACAAGUCCACGAAAUUUUCUCCCUAUGAGUUACUAUACGGUCGUACUGCUCGUCUACCUAUUCAUAUACAACCUACAGAAUUUACGUUUCCCAAGCCUAAUGAUUAUUUUGAACAACUAAAAAAGACGUUGCGUAUAUUUCAUCAGGCUUCGCGUGAAAAUAUAUUAUUUCAACAACAAGCUAAUCAGGCGUAUUAUAAUAAGAAUCGUCUUGAUCCACACCUAAAAUUAGGAGAUAAAGUUUUAACUCGUAUUCAUGUUUCGAAAGGAAAAUUAGAUCCGAAAUUUUCUCCUAUUCCAAAAAUCGUUGUUGAAAUUCAUCACCCAAUGUAUAUAGUCGAAGAUGAGUGUACGCACAUAAGAUCACAAGUACAUAUAAGCGAUUUACGACCGAUCAGUUUUGAAUAA